UCCGACUCGUUGUUCUUCAUUCGCCUCCCUAUAUCACGCAUGUCUCACUCACAGUCUGUCAAACAAUCGUCCUACGUGAUUGACUGUCUUCUAUAAGAUCUGAUUCUGUAUCAAGCUUUCCAGAAACCAUACACAUUUAUACUCAUGUUUGAGAUGCAUCCACCAUCAUGAUGCCGUGGAUCGUUAAACAAAGGUUCGACACCUGAGCAACAACGAUCGCCGAGAUCCGCUUCCACUUCUCGGAGCUAACCAUCUUCGAGGACGAAUAAAUCACGCGUGGGAAGAGGAAUGGUCCCUUGGGCCUUCGGCGUGCCUCUCGUCUUCGUUUCUGCUCUGGGUCUUAUUCUCAAUGGUUUUGUGCUACUCGUGGUUCUUGGACUGGGCAAACAGACGCAGCAGCAACAAACCGCCAAUACUUUGUUGCUGAUACACUUGGGUGCAGUGGAGGCGGCUGUGUGCCUGAUAUUACUGAUCUUUACUACUGGUUCCUGGCCAAUCGCCGGCACCUGGUGUGUCUUACACGGUUUUCUUUUGACUCUUUUACAUCCAGUCGCCCUUUGGACUGUCACUGGAUUGAACUGUGACAGAUAUUACGCGAUCGCUGCACCGCUACAUUACGCCGCAUUAGUGUCACCACGACGCGUUGCGGUUGGUCUAGCUGCAUCUUGGACAGGGGCUCUGUUCUUAUGCGUGCUGCCCUUCUGGGGUCUGGUACCGCCUUACAGAUACAGUCCAGGAUUGGGCUGCUGCGCACCAGAUUUUAGCAACGAUUCGUGGGGCUUAGCGGCGGCGCUUUACGGGGCUGUUUACGCGAUUCUGGGGCUGGCGCUGCCCGCUAUCCUCGUCACUAUCUGCAAUUUGCGUGUGCUUGGCAUAGCGCGUUAUCACCGGCAUCGAAUCGCUAGCGCAAUUUACGAAGUCACUCUGAGCGCCCAAGCGACCAUCACCCACCAGCGAAAUCCGUUUUUCGUACCAACUGUCACGGCACCUUCGGUCGUCAGCCCACCUCGCUUUCAUAGCGCGGCCAAAACGGUAAUGCAACUGGUUGGUUCUCUAUAUUUGCUUUAUUUCCCAUACUGCGGUCUGAUUCUUUGGGAAGUUUGCGACGUCGGUAAUCAGCCGCAUUCCUACGAUCAUCCCAAACUUGCUUCGUUGGCCUCGCUUCUACUCGCUUGUUCUCCACCCAUCAACGGUCUUCUCUACGGCUUGAAAUCACAGACAUUUAGACGAUCGGUGCAGAAUUAUUGGCGGAAGAAGGCGACCAAGUCGGAACUUCAACAAGAGAUUCAAGCGAGGACACCGAGCGUAGCAGGAUCGCGAAGACCGUCCGGUAGCGGAACUGGCUCUUUCUUCCCAUUCCCGCCAUUGCAACGAAGACUCAGCGAAGCCUUGCUGGCGUUGGGAUCCUGCAGAACCGGAAACAGUUUCGACAGCAAUAAUCUCGGCUUUCAUCGAAGCAGAUUGCAACCUGCCGCCUCGUGCAAUACACUUCGUGUACCCACUUCCGAAUCAGGUGAAAGCAGUAAAUUAGUUAGGUCGAGCGCGAGCGCAGCCAGUCUGAUGGGUCCUCAUUACAGAAGCGAUUUUAUUGGAGUUGAUGUGAGCGCUGGUUGUUCUAUAGCAAUGAAUGAAACACCAAGAAGAAGUCCAAGGAUUCUUAUAACGAGAGCUUACAGCGAGGAUAGCCAAGAUGGAGGAAGUCCAUUGUUGAGGAAACCUAUUCUGGCCAACGCUCUUCCAUGCGACAAACGGAGAUGGCGACAUUGCAGCACCGGAAGCGAUAGCAGCACGGGAAGCAGCGAGGCGAGCGUGUGGACGACGGGUGUCGCGCAAAAACUAGUCAAGGCCAAUGUAAAAAGCGCAUCGGACAUGUGGCCUGCGUCGAGAAGAUUUGUACGGGGAAAAAAUUUAGAGGAAGGACCACUUCUAGUUGGCGCCAGACCGAGCAAUAACAGCGAGAGCAGCGAUACAACGGACACUACGGCUACCACAACCACCACCACAAUGCCCAGCAAGCAGGUCGCGAUGGAAAAUGGUGGCUAUCGGGAGAAAGAGAAAGAAAAAAUAAAUGGCAACAAGAAGGAGGGACAGCACAGCGAGAGCGACAACAGUUGGAGCAGCGUCGACGAGAUCGAAUCGAAGGAAAUGGUGGACAAGAGCAUAGAAGAGGAUAAUUUCGAGAAGAUCGAGGAGGAAGCAGACGCAGAAAAGUGCAAGCAAUUGAGGCGGAAAUCGAAAACGAUUCGCAAACCGGAUGUUCCUCAGAAUUGCAAGGAGACCGCGCAACGAAGGCCCCUUCUCACCUCAUCAUCCUAAGUUCGAUUAAUCGAUCAACGUACCUUUUUCAUCGUUCCUAAUUUAUUAUCAUUUUCUUCCCGUAAUUUAUUGUUCGACACUGUAAUUUUUUAACGCGAUGGAAAUUUUUUCGAGGCGACUUGAUGAAACAAGAUCGCUGGAUGAGAUUUGUUAUCGACCCAUUAACAACCGCAAGCAAUUGUUACUUUUUAAAGAAUCGAGUUCUUUGAGACUUUUGAUCGAUUGUCCGCGUUCAAUUCAGGAAGAACAGCGGCGAUGAACCUGAUCGUGUCCCCGUAUGCUCGAUAUCACCUGCAAUGUGUCGACAUAUCCUGAAAUUAUAUUUUUCUACUUUCACUGACAAGUCACAGCAGCGUUAACGAGGAAACCGUGGAUUUCUUGCGGCCAUUGCGGUCACGCUGGAAUAAGAAAACCCGAUCGAAUAUCUACAUUAUACGCCAACCAUAAUGAAAAACUUGUCCUUUCGUAGAAAGUUCGAGGGAAAGAAAGUUGAUCAUCCUCGUACGGGCAUCGCGCGACUCUCACAGAAAAAAGCUUGCGCGCGCGAAAGAGCUCAUUGUAUAAUAAUAAUUUUCUUCGUCACCUCGCGGGUAAUAUCUCGCGACGAAAGUUUCGCGGUGGAUUUCUUGGCAAUCACCCUCGCUAUCAGAGAUUUCGCGAAAAAGUAGUGGUAACAAACGAUCACGAUACCCGAGAAAGUUCUUUUAAUAGUAAAACACUCGAUGAAAUCUAUGAAAUAUCGUAAGAAAUCAGUCGACUUGGGACACGUGAAUCGUUUUGUCGUUUCGACGAAUUGUACGAAUUACUAUCGUGGUAAUUUCGCGAUAUAACGGGCAAUAAUUUCCCUCACCGCUUUUGCUGAUGUUCCUAAUUAAUGGAUUCGUAAAAGACAAAAAUUUGAAGGAGCAAAUAUUAAAUAUUGACGAAAGUUGCUUUACCGUCUGUUGUGGAUGAUAAGAUGAAUAAAUGUAAGAAAUUAACGUUUAUCUAUGCAGUCUAACGUGUAUGACGGUUGCGUCUUAUCUCUUCAGAGAUAUUGACGGGUAGAAUGUUGAAAAGCAUAACGAAUUUUUGUUAACUUUUAAAACAUACAGUUGAAAAAAUUUUUGGCGAAAACUUGAACAUUAUAAUUUCUAUAAAUGACAUAAACACAAUAAUCUGUUGCGAAGUCAAUUUUUCAAUUUUAUAUCUACUUUUAUAAUUUUAUAAUCAUAUUAAUCUAAGUGUAUUUCAACUGUUCUAUGGCAAUGUUCAAACGUCUAUGUUUUGCAAAUUACUAUAUAUUUUAGAAGCUAUGUGUAUAUUUUAAUAGUCGUCUCAUUAAGAAAUUUUAAAAAUGUGGAACGAAACUUUAACACGAAGAAGGAAACGUGUUAAAAUUCAAACGAAAUCGUGCACGAAUGGAAACGAGCAAGCUAACGAGAGGAACAUAUUAAAGAAAUUUGAUCACUGAUGCACGAAGCAAUUAACAUAGACGGCCGUUGUAAGUUCACUGAUACUAAACGAUAGUUACUACAAUCAAGAUAGUUAAUACAAUCACGUGGACGAGCAGAUACACGUUAAUAAAGAGUGACAGAACGAACACUUUUUACUAGCAAGUUUGUACAAUCGUGGCCAACCACUGUGUUUACACAGGCACGGUGGAUUUAUUCGCAAUUAGGUGUAGCAACAAUCACCUAAAAAUUAACCGAUAUUAAUGUUGGUGGUUAUUGGAAUUGAUGUUUUGAAUUUUGUAGACGAUGCAUGAUUGACGCGUAUGUAUGAGAGCGUGUGCGAGUGUAUGAACAAUGUCAAGUUCAAAUGUUCUAAUUUUUAAGAAUCGUUGAAAUGGAAAAAAGAAGAUUAUUUAUCGUUUUUUAAACUCUAAGAGAAUGUUACGAAAAAUUUAGAAAACAAAUGUUGUUCGACUAACGAUUAAUUUGCAACAUAUUCAUGAAAUUUCCUCUAGAAGUUGUUUUAAUGGUUUCAAUUGAAAUGUUUUUUUAGCAUUGUUUUCGAAGAAAAAUAUGACAAGGUUGCAUACGAUAGAUAUGAUUCUGCGAAUUUUGAUCAUCAGAAAUUUACUAUAUUGUGCUCAAUUUUUUCGAUUUACAGCGUGCACAGUCACGAUGUAAGAUUACGUAACGAGCGCAGUGAAUUCAUGUUGCGAGUACUUGGACUAUUUGCUUUCGAAUUUGUCAAUUAGAAGUUAAUGAAACGAUCUCGUCAUUUGUUGAUCUCAACAUAGAGCACAAAUAUUUUAUCAUUCCGGCGUGAAGAACUUAGUCGGGUACCGCGUGUGACAUUAAUGUUAAUGGUGUUAAAAUAUCGCGAUUUAAAUGAUGUUUGAGUGUACGUCGUUAGUGCAAAUAAAACCAAAAAAUGUUCUAAAAAAGAUAA